CUAAACCCUUUGACGUCACUCUCAAAAUGAGGAAACAUAAACAGAAAAGGCUCCACUCCAGUAAGCUGCCAGAGUUGAAGCCGAUUGGUCUCUGCUUUUCCUUGCCUGUGGCAACUGACAGCACCUCCCAGCCUAGCAGGCCGGCUGCCUGCUCCCCCAGCCAGUCGGUGGGUCUGGGCACUGCAGCGGCUGGGCUCCGGUCCCAGGGCUUGCCUGGGAGAAGCGUGGUGUACUCACCCCGAGAGAAUCUCUGCUGCCCUCCUACUUUCCCGGGCUCUCUGUGGACUUUCGGGCUUCCUCCUUUCCUUUUUUUUUUUUAUUUUUUAAUUUUUUAAUUUUUAAUUUUUAACUUAAUUAUAUUCCUAAUCCUGGAUGAAGUUGCUGGAUUCUGCAGCACAAGUCUUCAUGAACAAGCAGCACCGCUCAGAGAUUUCACGGCAUUCAAAGGUCACAGAACUGCCACUAUGGUUAAAUGUCUUGUUUAAUGGUUGAGAGGUGUGGCGAAAUCUUGUUUGAAAACCCUGAUCAGAAUGUCAAAUGUGUUUGCAUGCUAGGAGAUGUACGACUGAGGGGUCAGACGGGGGUUCCUGCUGAACGCCGCGGCUCCUACCCAUUCAUUGACUUCCGCCUACUUAACAAUACAACACACUCAGGGGAAAUUGGCACCAAGAAAAAGGUGAAAAGACUGUUAAGCUUUCAACGAUAUUUCCAUGCAUCAAGGCUGCUUCGUGGAAUUAUACCCCAAGCCCCUCUCCACCUGCUGGAUGAAGACUACCUUGGACAAGCAAGGCAUAUGCUCUCCAAAGUGGGAACGUGGGAUUUUGACAUUUUCCUGUUUGAUCGCUUGACAAAUGGAAACAGUCUGGUAACACUGCUGUGCCACCUCUUCAACACCCAUGGACUCAUUCACCAUUUCAAGUUAGACAUGGUGACCUUACACAGGUUUUUAGUCAUGGUUCAAGAAGAUUACCACAGCCAAAACCCGUAUCACAAUGCGGUUCACGCGGCCGACGUCACCCAGGCCAUGCACUGCUACCUAAAGGAGCCAAAGCUCGCAAGCUUCCUCACGCCUCUGGACAUCAUGCUUGGACUGCUGGCAGCAGCGGCCCACGAUGUCGACCACCCAGGGGUGAACCAGCCAUUUCUGAUCAAAACUAACCACCACCUCGCUAACCUGUAUCAGGCUUCUGAAUGCUUGGAUGUGGCUGAACAGAGGCAAUUCUUGGGAGGCAGCAAGAAUAUGUCUGUGCUGGAGAAUCACCAUUGGCGAUCUACAAUCGGCAUGCUUCGAGAAUCAAGGCUUCUGGCUCACUUGCCGAAGGAAAUGACACAGGAUAUUGAACAGCAGCUGGGCUCCUUGAUCUUGGCUACAGACAUCAACAGGCAGAAUGAAUUUUUGACCAGAUUGAAAGCUCACCUCCACAAUAAAGACUUAAGACUGGAGGAUGUACACGACAGGCACUUUAUGCUUCAGAUCGCCUUGAAGUGCGCUGACAUUUGCAACCCCUGUAGAAUCUGGGAGAUGAGCAAGCAAUGGAGCGAAAGGGUCUGUGAAGAAUUCUACAGGCAAGGUGACCUUGAACAGAAAUUUGAACUGGAAAUCAGUCCUCUUUGCAAUCAACAGAAAGAUUCAAUCCCUAGUAUACAAAUUGGUUUCAUGACCUACAUCGUGGAGCCCCUGUUCCGGGAAUGGGCCCGUUUCACGGGAAACAGCGCCCUGUCUGAGAGCAUGCUCGGCCAUCUCGCACACAACAAAGCCCAGUGGAAGAGCCUGUUGCCCAAGCAGCACAGAAGCGGCGCCGGUGGUGAUGGCGGGGGCGGGGGCGGCGGCGGCCCGGACCCCCGCCCGGGGACUGAGGACGAGGAGCCUACCGGGACCGAAGGCGACGCCGCGUAGUGCCAGCCCCGCCAGCCCCCUGCUCUGCACACUGAGAAGGACCGCCUCCUGGAGCAGAGGCCUGGGAGAGGGCAGCAGCUCGGAGGGGCUCCGGCCGACCCAACCGGCCCCUCUCUGGGUGUGGUCCUGGGGCUCUGGGGAACGCCCGCUCCUCCACUUCCCCGCCUCCCUCCUUUCUCCAAGUGUACAGAAGCCAUUGUCACCUCAGCAUCAGCUGCCCAAAUGAGCAACUCCAUUCCGCAACGAGGGAGCCGAUUCCAGGGGCCGACUUGGCCCUCGAGGAGAAGACCCGGGAGUAAGAAGCGGUGCUUCGGCCGCGGCCCCCUCGGCCCUGGGUCCCACUGGGACAGGCAGCACCUCCUAAGUCCAGAGCAUCUUCACGUGUGCCGUCAGACUGCUGAUCUGCAUGACAAAACACCAGCAUAUUUGGAACUCCAAGGAUAUUGGUCUUAAGUGCAAGAGCACAAACGAGAGCGUUAAAGAAAGUACCUUCUAUUUUAAUAAUAAUUAUUAUUAUAAAAAAUAAUAAAUCUUUUUAACUUUUCUAUUGUAUGCACUCGACAGUGGAUCGAAAACUUUGGACUAAGAUUACUCAAUGUACCCAAACUCGAACAGGGGGUUCAUUGUUUUCUUACAGACUUUAUGCCACUUUGGGUCAGAGAUCUGGCAUCUUCUUGGUUUAAGAAACCACGUUUCCUAUCCGAUCUGAGGGGAAGGUGCUGUACAGUUCAUUCCUUUGCACCAUUAGCCCACCUGCCUUUUAUCCAUAACUCAGAUUCAGUGACAUGUUUAUAUUCCCACCUGUACAUUUUCUGUAAAUACCGAGCGCUACUGAUUCCCAUGCCAAAAUACAUGAGUAUUAUGGGAUUGCUACCUGUAUAAACAAUGGCACUGUGAACAGAAUCCUGUUAGUUUUAAUACAAGAGAAUGCAUUUGUAAAUAUGGUAUAGAGUCUAUUAAUAUACUAUUGUUUGCAGAUAAAGGCCUUAACUUUAAACAUCUUUCAUCUUCUGAAAGCUGCCCAACUUAAAUCCUCACAGAUGUCCUUCUGAACUGCCUUCCCAUGUCCGUCUUUACACUUUUCAGCUAAGGUCACAAAGCAAAACUGAAUAAAGUCUUUGAAGAAAGAGUUUGGAAACUUCACGUGCAUUCCGCUUGCGACCAUAGUGCUUAAUCUAUGGCACCAAGCACCGUGUCCUCAGAUGAACAAGACCCUUCAGCAAGCCUGGAGUCUCCUUUCAACACAGCGACAUUGCACUCUGUUUAAACAAGCCAGCUGAUAAACUUGUGUUUAUACAACUCUGGUCAUGGAACAUGGUGGUGUGUCGGCCUCGUGGGACACAUAGCAGGUCUCACACCCCUUCUGUGACCCUGUCAUCUAACUGUCAGGGACUUCCCUGCUCCCCUGCCGUCUCUUCUGGCUACAGUACCAAAGCACCUUUGGUUUAUGGUUGGCGUGCAUUUCUUUGGUGUUAAUAGUAACUGGAUUUUUCUUUUUCCUCCAUUUCAUGUGAACAACUACCCAGCUGUUUAGCAGAAGUUAACAUAAUUUAAGUAAAGAAAAUAUUUCCGUUUUCUGAUAGGAUUUACCUUCCUGGCAGGUGAUCGUGGUGAACUGAGGCACUAGCUAGCAGAGUCACCUUGGAAUUUGUUGCUGUUUCUUCUGCAGACACUUGGCCAUAAAAUCAAUUUGUUAUAGCAUUCUUCUCUAGUCGGCUACCCUCUGUGCAUUGAACCUUUUCUCUAGAAGUUCUAGCAUAACUAACAGCAGAUGAAAAUUGGCCAUGUCCCAUUUCUUUUUAGCUUAACCAACAUGGUAGUAAGAGAAUUAUAAUGUGAUUGUUUCUGCCGCUGCCAAGCUGUUUCGCAAGCUGAUAAAACAUCAGCUAACUCUCACUCCCGAAGUGCAACUCUUUUUUUUUUUUU